AUGCAGGAGGGAAGCUGGCACAUGAAAGAUAUCAUUGCAGCUCUGGACAAUUGUAUCUCAACGGAAGAGCGAAUCAGUGAAAUGAUUACAAACACUGGAACAGACAAAGCAGCUACCUACGCAAGGAAAGCUAGGAUGAUAACCCGUGAAAAUGACAACCCCACGUCAUCAUGUUUGUUCUGUAACGGUACAAACCACAGAACAGCCACAUGUGACAAGUUCAACUCCGUAACACAAAGGCGAAGGUUCUUCCAACAGUCUGGUAGAUGUCUGAAUUGCGGAAGUCAACAACAUUUUGUGAAGGAGUGCAGGAGCCCAGGAUGCAAGGCAUGUCUGGGUCAGAAGCAUCAUCACUCCCUAUGCCCAAAAAGAAAUGAAGAUGAGAAAUCAUGGUCACGGAGACUGCAGGCUCAAGCACAAGGUACGACUGAGAGCCUUCGAAGGUCACCCCAGCGGAAAGCUACGCUGCCACCUUCCAAAGUGACGGCGCGGACAAAUCUUCUCAGCGCAAAAGAUCCAUUAAGAGAACCACAGACGGAACGAACAAACAACGAACCCGCAACAGUUCUUCAUAAUGAAGAAAGUGUCAACAAAAACGAAGAGAGUGCUGUGUUACUCCUUACUGGAAUAGCACGAAUCUGGAAUUCCAUUGAAAAUAAAUGGAUGGAAGUGGAGAUUCUUUUUGACACGGGCGCGGACCAGUCGUUCAUUGGUGCCGAUCUAGCAAAGCGAAUUGGGGCAGAUGCCGCUAAAAUGAAAAGUGUACAAACUUACACGUUUGGCACCGCAGUACCAAAAUGUGUGGACUAUGGAGUGACCCAA